CGGGAGGCACGUGUGAGGCCGGCCAGCUGCCCGCUCACAGAGCCCUCUGCUUCUGCAGGGAGGUUUUCAUACCACUUAUCUGUCUCUACAUUCUGAAGUCGGCCUUUUUAACGGCUGGAUGCUCCACAUGGGCAGUGAUGCCUGCAGAGCCAGACAGCCAGGACGGACGCCUUAUGAAAGCCAGCGACUCCUCCCACUGGGGGAUGGAGAGGACCCACACCGUUUUACUAGCACAGAAGGGCAAUAAGUGCUAAAGGAAAACAAUUAUACCCCAAUCAUUUCCGAUUCUUUGGCAGUCAUGGGCCAAAACAGUCUGAGGAUGAAGGUUACAGGGCAGCAGAGAGCAACUAUGAACACAGACCAAUGUGUUGGAAAGGGCAAGAGACAGGAGAUGAGUACUCUGCGGCCUCCGUGCAUAAUGCAGUUGUCGCUGACCCUCUUCUGCUUUCCCAACCGGCUGAAACAGAGCCCUGUCUCACAGCCGAGCGGGACGAUGGAGAUACAGCGGUCAUCCUGCAUGACCCCUCACCACACAAGCGGCGGCGCCCCGACCAGGCCUGCGCCAAACCACGGCGCGCCAGAACAGCGUUCACUUACGAGCAACUGGUGGCUCUGGAAAACAAGUUCCGCACAACUCGGUACCUGUCUGUGUGCGAGAGACUAAACCUGGCCCUGUCCUUAAGUCUGACUGAAACCCAGGUCAAAAUUUGGUUUCAGAACAGGAGGACCAAAUGGAAAAAGCAGAACCCCGGUGCGGACAGCACCUUGCAGCCCGGCUCCAACUCCCUGGUCAAUGUCAGUCCAAACCCUCCCACCUGUGGGUCAAACCCCGCCAGCUUCCACCAAUCUUUCCCCAACUUCAGCUCUGGGAAUGUGAUCUUCCACACGGCCGGUGGUGUUCCGCUUUCAUCCACUGGAGGGCUCUUGCAUCCCUUCUUGUCCAGUGGUUUCGUCCAGCCGACUUAUUUUAAUCCACAUCUAUGAAAGGAGUCAAGACUGAAGUGUUGCAGCUGGUGAUGCUUUGGGGCAAAUCGUUAACAGAUGCUUUAAUACCAUUUUAUUCUCUACAAAGGGAGGACAAGAAAGGCAUCUAUUUGUACAAUAUUGUGUCUUUCCAUCACCAUAUUGUCCAACUGAUUUACCUUGAAGGGUGUUUAAACAUUAUUAGAGUCCAAGUAGUCUUAGGACCUUUUCCAGUACUUCAACAUCAGAACAAAAGGCCAAAAUGAGUGAUCUGUGACUGAGCCCAACAAUUAUUAAAACAUAUGCCUACAGUGCUCCCCUAGAGUGUCCUUGUGUUUCCUGAAACACCUGCUCAUUGAAGGAUCAUACAGUAUCAUUUUCUGUGUAUUGUCUUACAUCUUAAAAGUUGGCAUAUUACCAUCCAAUACCCAGCUGUGUUCCCACCUCUGAAAGGCUUGCACAGCUUAUGUCUGUUGCAAUUUAUAUAACAUUAUCAGUGUAACUUAAUUAAAAAAAAACAUAUGACA